CCUCUCUCAAUCUCCCUCUUUCAUUGAAUGCUGCUCGGUCGCUUGCAAUGGCUGCCUUGUAAACCUCUUCUUCACUCUGUCCACUCACCAACAUCUCGGCUCCUCCCUCCGCAUAACGUGCUGUCACCGCCUCCGCCUCCGCCUCCACCUCCACCUCCACCUCCGCCCUGACGAAACGAACGAACACGUCUUCAGUUACCUCCUUAUCGAUUAGUCCGGACUCCGUGCCGUAUAAACCCCCCCCAUAGCACCGCAGCCGACUAUUUGUUCUAGAUUCGGCGAUUAGACGUUCCUCCAUAUAUUCUCGGAGUAUAGUUCUGUGUCUCGCCUGCACCCCUCACAUCCCAUCUCAUCUUCGCCGAAUCGACCUCCCAUCCACACCACCACCCACCACUCUCACAACCCUCACAAUGGCCGGCCCGUCCAUCCAGGAUCGCACGAGCGAGUUCCACGCCAUUCUAGGCCAAGCUCAGAAACGCCUAGCCUCCAACAAAGCCGGAUCUCAGCGCCAGGCGCUCUUGUCAGAUUCCCAACGGCGACAAGCCAAUGGAUCCGCGGACGCACAACACCCAGGCAAGCGACGGUCGGAUUUUGCGCGCAGAGCCGUGGAGAUCGGACGCGGUAUCACGGCGACGACCGCGAAGUUGCAGCGGCUAGCUGAGUUGGCGAAGCGGAAAACACUCUUCGACGACAGACCAGUCGAGAUCUCCGAGUUGACCUACGUGAUCAAACAAGAUCUCGCAUCCUUGAACCAACAGAUCGCCUCGCUCCAGGCGCUCACCCUCUCCCAACAUCCCAAGAACAAUCGAUCCAAGGCCGACCAGGAAGGCGAGCACAAUGACAAUGUGGUUGUCAUGCUGCAAGGGAAACUGGCGGACGUCGGCGCCAACUUCAAGGACGUGCUGGAAGUGCGUACGAAGAACAUCCAAGCCUCGCGCUCCCGCACCGAGAACUUCGUCUCAUCCGUAUCACAAAAGUCGCACACGGCGCUCGAUCCCCAGCGCUCCGACUCGCCGCUCUACAAUCCAUCCGGCCGGAGAACGCCGCAACCGGGCGGCGCCUCCGACCUGUUAACCCUGGAACCCACGAACCCGUCUCCGCUCGGCCGGCCGUCGAUACACUCGGACCAGCAGCUGCUGGUGAUGGAGGAAGCGCAGACAAACAACGCCUACAUCCAGGGCCGCGGCGAGGCGAUCGACGCCAUCGAGCGCACAAUCAACGAGCUGGGCGGGAUCUUCGGGCAGCUCGCCCAGAUGGUCAGCGAGCAGUCGGAGAUGAUCCAGCGCAUCGACGCCAACACGGAGGACGUGGUGGACAACGUGCAGGGCGCGCAGCGCGAGUUAAUGAAAUACUGGACCCGGGUCUCGGGCAACCGCUGGCUCAUCGCCAAGAUGGUUGGCGUUCUAAUGAUCUUCUUCCUUCUCUGGGUGUUGAUAUCAGGAUAGAAACCCCCCACCCCCUUUCCCACAUUCUCCCAAAUUCCCCCCAACCCCCCUAUAAUGUAUUAAUAUCAGGUCCAUGUUCGUAUCUUGCUGUGCCUGAACGAAUUCAUGUACGUAGCCCGUCGUUUACUGAGGCAUGUUGUCUACCUGCCUACCUGCCUACCCGCAACAUGCAGGCUUCGGGUUUCUUUUCUGUUUCUAUUUGCUCUUUCUCCCAUCCUUUUUGGCCAUGGCUAGAUCUUCUAUGUGGAAUCUUUUAUUCGUUUCUGCUAGGUCCCUCAUGUCACUACUAGCACCUUCUUUUUUUUUCAUUCUCAUGCGUGAUAGCAAGCAAUAUGUAUAAAAGCCACAAGUGGUGUCGAAC